GGUGAAUCGGGGGCGGGGCUUAUUGAAGUCCAGGAACAAAAACAGUGGAUCAGCUCGACUGCAGCUACAAGAGCGUUAUCACAAGUUUCCUUGGAGUGGACGUUCUUUGGAGUUUUAAGAAAGAUGGCGGAAAACCGGGAAAAGGCUACGGAUCAAAUGAAAAUAUGGAAAGAAAGUCGAGGAUCUCAGCGAGCUGAUGUGUUGACCACAGGAGCAGGUGUUCCCGUAGGCGAUAAGCUGAACAUUCAGACGGCUGGACCCCGAGGGCCACUGCUGGUGCAGGAUGUCGUCUUCACUGACGAGGUGGCCCACUUUGACCGCGAGCGCAUCCCAGAAAGGGUGGUGCAUGCCAAAGGAGCAGGUGCCUUUGGCUAUUUUGAGGUGACUCAUGACAUCACACGCUACUGCAAAGCCAAGGUGUUUGAGCAUGUGGGCAAGACCACUCCCAUCGCUGUGAGAUUCUCUACUGUGGCUGGUGAGUCUGGUUCUGCUGAUACAGUCCGGGACCCUCGAGGUUUUGCAGUGAAAUUCUACACUGAAGACGGCAACUGGGACCUGACGGGCAAUAACACACCCAUCUUCUUCAUCAGGGAUGCGCUUCUGUUUCCAUCCUUCAUCCACUCUCAGAAGCGAAAUCCUCAGACUCACCUGAAGGACCCUGACAUGGUGUGGGACUUUUGGAGCCUGCGUCCAGAGUCUCUGCAUCAGGUGUCUUUCCUCUUCAGUGACCGUGGAUUGCCUGAUGGACAUCGCUAUAUGAAUGGCUACGGAUCCCACACCUUCAAAUUGAUCAACUCUCAAGGCAAUCCUGUUUACUGCAAGUUCCACUACAAGACUGAUCAGGGCAUUAAGAAUCUGACUGUUGAAGAGGCAGACCAUUUAGCCUCCACCGAUCCUGAUUACGCCAUCCGUGACUUGUACAAUGCCAUCGCCAAUGGCAACUUUCCCUCCUGGACCUUCUACAUCCAGGUCAUGACCUUUGAGCAGGCGGAGAAGUUCCCAUGGAACCCAUUUGAUCUGACCAAGGUUUGGCCCCAUAGUGACUACCCCCUGAUUCCAGUUGGACGCUUGGUGUUGAAUAAAAACCCUGUAAACUAUUUUGCUGAGGUGGAGCAACUGGCAUUUGACCCCAGUAACAUGCCGCCAGGUAUUGAGCCAAGUCCCGACAAGAUGCUGCAGGGUCGUCUCUUCUCUUACCCUGACACCCACCGCCAUCGGCUUGGAGCCAACUACCUCCAGCUGCCUGUUAAUUGCCCUUAUCGUGCCCGCGUGGCCAACUAUCAGAGAGAUGGACCCAUGUGUCUGACUGACAACCAGGGGGGAGCCCCGAACUACUACCCCAACAGCUUCACUGCUCCAGAUUGUCAGCCACGAUUUAUGGAAUCCAAGUUUCGAGUCUCUCCUGAUGUGGGACGCUACAACAGCUCGGAUGAAGAUAAUGUGACCCAGGUCCGUACUUUCUUCACCAAGGUCCUGAAUGAGGCUGAACGUGAGCGUCUCUGCCAAAACAUGGCAGGACACCUGAAAGGAGCUCAGCUCUUCAUUCAGAAGCGCAUGGUCCAGCAUCUGAUGGCAGUGCACCAGGAUUAUGGCUCUCGUGUUCAGGUGCUGCUUGACAAGUAUAAUGCCGAGGGCAAAAAGAAUGUGCAUGUGUAUAUGCAGGGAGCUUCAUCCACUGGGGCUGUGUCUUCCAAGAUAUGAUGUGUGGAAAUUCUCUCUCAUUGCCUUUAAAACUGCAGCACACACCGAACAAGAUCACUUCUUGUUUCUCAUAUCAUUUAAGGUGUUAAAGUAUCACCAGUGUACCUGAGUAACCUUCUUCAUAAGAUCAUUUUUCAAGAAGUAAAAAACAAAAGCACUAACUACGCUAAUCUUGGCAGUCAAAUACCUUUUGAUGCAAUUAAAAAAAAUAAUUCUCCAUCUCUCAACACACACCUGAACAUUAAUAAUUAAUGCUGAGGAAACACUGUUAAAAAUGACUUGGAGACAUGAGCCGACUCGAACAUUUCUUCAGUGUGCAGGACAGCUUGGUGUGGCAUUUUAUUUUGGUUCAGUACACAUAACCAUAGUGUCAUCCACGUCACUUUUGUGAAGUGAUAUUCAUUCAUUUUCCUCUCAUGGGUCUUUCUGCAUGUCCUGCUAAAAUAAAAAUGUUAAGUAAAGAAAACUUGAAGCGAAAUUUCCUGUCAGUUUGUUUCCAGGUCAGCAAGCUAAAACCCUUAAGGCAGGUUAUCAGUGUUUCUAGUCGAAGUUUGCUGUCAGUUAUAAUGAUUUAUGUUCUCUGUUAGACAGCUCAUCGAUUCCAUCCAGAAACAAAUGAAUUUCAGUGAUUCGGUAGCAAAUACCUUCCACAUCUACUCUGUCAUAAGUGCAAAAAUUCACAUUAGCAUCCUCAUAUAAUCAACAUUUAAUAUUCUGAAAGAUUUUGUUCUGUCUAUAUUCAAUUACGUUCUGUUAAAUGCAUCAGUACUACAUGCGAGUUUGACUGAGCGAGGCUUUUAUUUAUGUAUCAGAAGUGCAGUGGUUUCACUAUUUGUCUGCUUGCCAAAGUAGCACAACCGAAAGUCCUCUCACAGUGAAACAGUGGUUUCACUGUUGUGCUGCUGUGGUAAGCAGAUAAACUGAAAGUGCUCUCGCAGGUAAAUGUAGUUAAAACACUGUUUGAAAUGAACUCUGUGUGAAUAACCGUCCAGUAAUAAUUAUAGCUUGAUAUUUUCUUUGUCAGCAUUUAAUCCUAGAAGUGUCUGUUUUAACGUCGCCGUUAAAACGUAUCAAUAUUUACUACAAUUUUACUGGCUAAGAAAUAAAGUUCUUUUUUUAAGCAUCUUGAUAUAUAGUUGAAGAAAUGAUGUGGAGUUUGAGAGUUUAAAAUCAAAAUUAAGAUCAGAAAGAUGCGACACCCACAAUGCAGUUGUGCCUUACUGAAGUCAACCUUGUCAUGACUUAAAAUGUAAAUUACAAUUAAAUGAAUUUUUCAGAAUUAUGUUGAAAAACAAUAGAAAUGUUUGAACAAUUUAAUGCUGAAUGCCUUAAUUGUUUUGUUUGUCCCAUAUCCCAUUACUCUUUCUAAUCUUUCAUUACUCUUACUCUUUCUAAUGUUAUGUUCACUGUUGGUGUUCUGUGUGCUCUGUAACUGAAUUCAAUAAAUCAGGAUUUGCUAUG